AUGCCUCAAUACCUCACUCAGCUUGGUCAACUAUCCAGUCUCAUCGAUCAUGUCGCUGAGAAAGUGGCCAAGGUUUUACCGCGCCUAUCCGUCUAUAGGCCAGGUGUGGACGAGGCCUGUCUUCCUUCCAUCGCCGACUUCGUCCUGUACGUCACCAUACGGUCUUACACCACCAUCCCGGAACUCAUGAUGAGCCUCAUAUAUCUAUCAUGGUUCCGGGGUCGCCUGCAUCCUGCUCACCUCGGUCGCCCGUCUACCCCUCAUCGAGUUUUCCUAGCGGCCUUGAUGCUCGCACAUAAGGUCCACAACGAUGACAGCGUGAACAACGCUUGCUGGGCGGAUCUCAGUGUCAUUCCUGAAUGCGGCUUCGCCGGCUUCUCGAACGUGGAGGUGAACCUGAUGGAAGCCCAAUUCUUGGCAGCGCUUGGUUGGGACGUACAUAUCGAUGCCGACCUGUACGAAUUGUUCAGCCGGGAGAUUUACAUCACAACUUUCUAUCCACCUCCUCCCUCCCAGACAGAGCAAGGUUGGGUCUGCGGGUGUUGCAUCUGCAUCGAUUGGUGGACAUGCCCAGCACAGGGAUUAUCGCACUGCACGACCUGCCUCACACCAAGCUAUGCUGAAGUGGAGAUGCAGAAGAAAGUACUCGCGGUAGAACAAUUCCAGGCGCUGCAACCUUCUCCCACCGAAAACGAGGUCUGUGUUGCACUACACCACCACCUGGCACCAGCCGGUCACCACGCGCAAGAAAAGUGCAAUCGAGCCACGAAGACCAACGCCUUCUAA